UCCCCUCGGAUUAACUGAACUCAGAAGAAAAGUCAACAAAGCUUCGAUGGCUGCAGCUUCGACUCUUCUCGCGCAACCAAAGGCCCACACAAACGAUGCAGUCUCGUCUUUCCGAAGUCACUUCAAGUCAUCCAGCUUCGCCUCCCAGUCAACGUCCUUUGGCUCCUCCAAAUUCGCAUCCAAAUCGCUCUCCUUGCGCACCGCCGCAACCCGAUCCGGCCGACCCGAACCCGCCACCUUGUCCCAUUCGGAAUCCCAGUCUGAUCAAACAUUCGAUGUUUUAGUAAUCGGAGCUGGAAUAAUCGGGUUGACCAUUGCCCGGCAGUUCCUAAUCGGGUCGGACCUGUCGGUCGCCGUAAUUGACAAGUCUGUCCCUUGCUCUGGCGCCACCGGUGCCGGCCAAGGGUAUAUAUGGAUGGGACACAAAACUCCCGGCAGCGACCUUUGGGACUUGGGGCUCAGAAGCCAGAAGCUUUGGGAGGAAUUGGCUGAGAGUUUGAUUGAGCAAGGUUUGGACCCUCUGCAACUAUUGGGUUGGAAGAAAACAGGAAGCUUGCUAGUUGGUAGAACUCCUGAGGACUUAGACGUGUUGAAAAGGAGGGUUAAGCAGGUAUGUGAAGCCGGGUUAAGAGCGGAGUACUUGUCUUCCAGUGACUUGCAUGUAAAGGAACCUGAACUCUUGGUUGAUAAAGACACUGGAGCUGCCUUUCUACCUGAUGAUUGCCAGUUGGAUGCACGCUGUGGCGUUGAAUAUCUUGAACAGGGUAACAGGAAUUAUGCAUCGAAGGGUAGAUAUGCUGAGUUUUAUAAUCAUCCGGUGAUUAGUUUAUUAAGAUCUGGUGGCAAGGGGGAGGUUGUGGCUAUUAAGACUUCUAAGAAUACGUUGUACUGUAAGAAGGCUAUCGUAGUCGCAGCCGGUUGUUGGAGUGGGUCUUUGAUGCGUGACCUGCUGAAAGAAUCAGAAAUUGUGGUGGAUGUCCCCGUGAAACCACGAAAGGGUCACCUUUUAGUGCUUGAGAAUUUUAAUUCCUUUCAUCUCAAUCAUGGGCUGAUGGAGGUGGGAUACGUUGAUCAUCAAACUGCAAAUCCGCUUCCAAGCAUAUCGACCUCUGAAUUGCUUAAUCAAGAUGAGCAAACCUUGUCUGUGUCAAUGACAGCCACUAUGGAUGCAAUGGGGAACAUUAUUCUUGGAAGCAGCCGCCAAUUUGCUGGGUUCUGCACCGAGUUGGAAGAAUCCAUUAUUAGCCGUAUAUGGGAGCGAGCUGGGGAGUUCUUUCCCAAAUUAAAAGAAAAGCCCCUUUCAGAUAUCAGUAAGAGUACAGAAGUGCGAGUAGGAUUACGACCUUACAUGCCUGAUGGGAAGCCAGUGAUUGGGCCUGUGCCAGGUUUGGCAAACGUGUUCCUUGCAACCGGGCAUGAAGGGGGAGGGCUUUCCUUGGCUCUAGGGACUGCCGAAAUGCUCACGGAUAUGGUGCUAGGAAAUUCUGAGAAGGUUAACUCUGCACCGUUCACUGUUCAUGGUCGAUGUUGAUGAUAAAACCACCGGUGUAUUCAACAUUAAGACAGUAAUUUUCAUGAUCAUUUCAUGGGCUAUAUGAAUCAUAAAUUCAUAACGUAGCUUGGGCAAUCUGGAUACCUUUCUGCUCAUCUUUAUGCAUUUCAUACCUUAUCUUUCAUCUUGUACGAUUGUUUUGUGCUAUUUAGCCAGGUGUUCUAUAGAAAAGUGUUCUGUACAUAUUUCCACGUUUUCUUAUAAAUUAAAAUACAUUAUGCUGC